UUUUCGUCCACAGACCCUGCUGAUCUUUGAGGGUUGUUUUUGGGUGUGGGCACAGGAAAUGGCUCUGAGCCUCGGUCUCUGGCACUGCCUGGGAGUGCCCCAUGGGAUGAGGGAGAGGACGGGCAGUCAGGCAAAGGUUAGGGAGGAAAGCAGUGCAGAGGCCCAGAUUGGCUGCAGGAAAUGUUUGUAUUUCUCCUCCGGGAGGGAGGACAAACAAACUCUUUUCGUGCCUUCUGGGCAGCUUUGCGGCUCUCCAGCACAGAGAGAGUCUGCGGGAAAAGAGUGAGGCUGGAAAUAAAAAUCGUUCUGGGGCCGGACCCAACAACUCCUCUCCAGCAUGAAUCUCAUUGGACCUCCCGGUUGCUUCUCAGAAAUGACCACUUGCACGAAGUUACAUGCAUUUCAAAGUCUUACCAUGCUACAUGCUCGGACUGUUGGGGAGACAGGCAGCUUGUGACCCAAGCUCUGGAGAAAGGACUUCCCUGAGGCUCUCAUUUCCUGGCUCAAGUUUCUGUUCUCCGCUGUGGCUGCAUCCACCCACAUGUGCGGUGGGUACCUGCAUCCCAGGGUGAAGAAGUUAGAAAAAUAGCAGCUGGGUGAGUGGCAGCCUUCAGAUAAGCACCUGUGUCUUUGUGGGGACUCCAGGGCUUGCCUGGCACACGGAGCAUUUGUCCUCUGUCCACCAUGGACAACGGGUCGUGUUGCCUCAUUGAGGGGGACCCCAUUUCGCGGGUGAUGCCACCGCUGCUGAUCCUGGCAUUUGUGCUUGGUGCCCUGGGCAACGGCAUCGCUUUAUGUGGUUUCUGCUUCCACAUGAAGACCUGGAAACCCAGCACUAUUUACCUUUUCAACUUGGCCGUGGCCGACUUCCUUCUCAUGAUCUGCCUGCCCUUUCGGACAGACUACUACCGCAGAGAUAGACGAUGGACAUUCGAGGACAUCCCCUGCCGGGUAGUGCUGUUCAUGCUGGCCAUGAACAGGGCGGGGAGCAUAGUCUUCCUCACGGUGGUGGCCGUGGACAGGUAUUUCAAAGUGGUGCAUCCCCACCACGUGCUGAACACCAUCUCCAACCGGACUGCGGCUGGCAUCGUCUGCGCCCUUUGGACCAUGGUCAUCCUGGGGACCCUGUAUCUUUUGAUGGAGAACCACCUGUGUGUGCAAGAGAAGACCAUAUCCUGUGAGAGCUUCAUCAUGGAGUCGGCCAACGGCUGGCAUGACAUCAUGUUCCAGUUGGAGUUCUUCCUGCCCCUCGGCAUCAUCUUAUUCUGCUCCUUCAAGAUUAUUUGGAGCCUGAAGCAGAGGCAGCAGCUGGCGAGGCAGACUCGGAUGAAGAAGGCUAUGCGGUUCAUUAUGGUGGUGAUGGCCGUGUUUGUCACGUGCUACCUGCCCAGCGUGUCAGCCAGGCUGUAUUUCCUCUGGACGGUGCCCUCGAGUGCCUGCAACCCCUCUGUCCACGUAGCUCUCCAUGUCACCCUCAGCUUCACCUACAUGAACAGUAUGCUGGACCCCCUGGUGUAUUAUUUUUCAAGUCCCUCGUUCCCCAAAUUCUACACCAAGCUCCAAAUCCGCAGUUUGAGACCCAAGCGAACAGGACGCUCCAAGACACAGAGGCCAGAGGAGACGCCGAUUUCAAACCUCUGUCGCAAGAGUUGCACCAGUGUGGCAAAUAGCUUGCAAAGCCAAUCUGAUGUGCCGUGGGGUCUCCACAUGUGUUGAACCGGCACUGAAACAGACAGACAGACAAAGUCGAGGACAGACUGGCGACUUAGAAAUAAUUUGUGCUGAGGGGUUGAGGGGCUUUGAAAAUGCUGCCCUUUCUCAACUCUAUUCUCACUCUGUUGGAAACAAAGUUUAGGCUACGAUGCCUUUUUGGAAGGUCCCAGUCGAGAAGUGAGUUUAUAUGAUUUUUAUUACAAGGAUAGGGGACAAGGGGCAUGUGUGUGACGGGC